AUGACUCUCCAAUUAGCAGAUAGAUCCUUGAAAUACUCUUGUGGGGUGGUUGAAGAUGUACUAGUAAAAGUGGACAAAUUUCUAUUUUCGGUGGAUUUUGUUAUUAUGGAGAUGGAGAAGGAUGUAAAUGUGCCUCUUAUUCUUGGGAGACCUUUUAUGAACACUGCCAGAGUCUUAAUUGAUGUGAAAAAUGGAAAACUCAAGGUGAGAGUACAAGAUGAAGAAGUGAAUUUUGAUGUGUUUGAAGCUAUGUCUCAUCCAAAUUAUGGUAGGGCAUGUUUCCAUCUUGACGCACUUGAUGAAGUAUGUAUGAUAAAAGAAAAGUUUGUACGUUGUCCUUCUCCUUUAGAGAAAGCGCUCAUUGAUGUGUGUGAAGAGGUGAAUGACGAGGAAGAGGAACUAAUUGAGGAGUGCUUGACUAACUUGGAUGCAUUAAAAUAA